GUUAAUACAUGCACUCUAACACCAUGUCAGAGAAUUUGUCAAUGGUAUACAUGUCUUGAGUGCCGAUGCUGUUAUUAACAUGAAGACGAUACAGGAGGUCUCCAAGCAGCUGGGGUUUGAAUGGAUUGCUGUUGCCUAUGAGCUGGGCUUUACACGAGAGGAGAUCGGGGAGUUUCGUGUCAAGGGGCAGCAGAAUGAACACAAUGCAGAAACCAUGCUGAAGUGUUGGUACGAGAGAUGCUGGGACAAGAGCAACAAGACAAAGCUACUCCAAGACGGACUGGAGCGGGCCGGCCGCCGGGACCUUGCUGAGCAUCUGCGCUGCCUUCAUUGGGGACACCAAAAACUCAGUCGAAAAGUGGAGCUUCCCUCUGCAUUUCCAUACAUCAUCACAGUGCACAAGACCAGGAAGGACAAACGAGCUCUGGGCCGAAUUAACGACCUGAAGGGAAAUUGCAAUUAACUCGAAAUGUCAAAAUAUGCAAGAUUUCACAUCUUCACUUCUUUCCCCUCUUCAAACAUACCAGGGACCAAUAAGUGACAAUACAAUACCUAUAGCCAGCAGGACAAUGAUUGCAUUGCACUGAUCAAAAUUCCAAAAGGAGUGCAUGCAAAAGAGCAAGUACAAUGUUUUGAUGCCUUGAAUUGGAGGUGUUUUGGAUAGGAUGAUUUGGAUAGAAUAGUUCUGGAUAGAAGAAUUGGCAAUAAUUCAGUAGUACCACACUGUUGGGACUUGUCUUCUUCUAUGGCAAGUAUCCAUAGGCCAUUAGAUCAGCAAAAGGUGAGCUCUACCUUCUUUGGGAUGCCCUUAUUAUACACAUGCCUAUUUUUUAUUGUAUUUUAAUCUACAUAAAAUUGUUUCUGUUGCACCUAUUAAAAUGAAU